UCUGAAAAGCAUACACGGUAGUCCUUUGCUCGUCGGUCACUCUCUUUCCUCCCAAUCACGUUUCGCCACGUGUAUUUGAGAGAGAAACGCAGAAGAAAGGAGUGAUAGAUUCAUGAAUUUUAUUUUGCUGUUUCAUUUGCAGUCUCUAUAUCUUUAUCUAGGGUUGGUUUGAGAGGCAAAGGCCGGAGAAAAUGGCGGCGGGAUCCAGCGGGGAUGGCGACGGGUCGAAGCUACUGUUGGCGGAGAGCGGCGAGCGCGAGCGCUCCUGGCGGCUCAACUUCGACGGCUUCCGCCGAGCGGAGCUUUUGGAGGAGAAGCCCCCCCGUUUGCUUCAUCGCUGCCUGGGUACCUUAGUCAAAGAAGAUGUUGUAGCUGAGUACUAUCAGCAGCAGGUUGAGAUGUUGGAUGGGUUUGGCGAAAUGGAUACGUUGACUGAUCGUGGUUUCCUACCCCAAUUGUCAAAGGAGGAACGUGAAAAUAUUGCUAGGAGUGAAACCCUAGCAAUCCGGAUAUCAAAUGCAGCAAAUAUGGUUCUCUUUAUUGCUAAAGUUUAUGCAUCAGUUAGAAGUGGUUCCUUGGCGAUCAUAGCAUCUACUCUAGAUUCUCUUCUUGAUCUGCUAUCAGGUUUUAUCCUAUGGUUUACCGCAUUCUCUAUGCAGACGCCAAAUCCUUACAAGUAUCCAAUUGGGAAAAGGCGCAUGCAGCCAUUAGGAAUCCUUGUGUUUGCAUCUGUCAUGGCAACUCUUGGUCUCCAAAUAAUUAUGGAAUCUGUACGCUCAUUGAUAUCUAAUGAAAGUGGAUUUAGCUUGACCAAGGAGCAAGAGAGAUGGGUUGCAGAUAUCAUGCUAUCCGUGACAGUUGUAAAGCUUUGUCUUGUUAUUUAUUGUCGAUCAUUCACAAAUGAGAUUGUGAAGGCUUAUGCACAGGACCAUUUUUUUGACGUUAUCACUAACAUGAUUGGCCUUGUCGCUGCUCUUCUUGCCAAUUACAUAACGGGUUGGAUUGACCCUGUCGGAGCCAUCUUAUUGGCAAUCUACACCAUCAGAACCUGGUUGAUGACAGUUCUAGAAAACGUGAACUCCCUGGUAGGGAAAACCGCGGCGCCCGAGUUUCUCCAAAAGCUCACUUACCUUUGCUGGAACCACCACAAGGCCAUAAGGCACAUCGAUACAGUACGCGCGUACACCUUCGGUUCUCGCUACUUUGUUGAGGUGGAUAUCGUCCUGCCAUCGGAUAUGCAGCUCAGAGAAGCGCACGAUAUCGGAGAAGCUUUGCAGGAGAAGCUGGAGCUUUUGCCCGACGUGGAAAGAGCUUUUGUUCAUCUCGAUUAUGAAUAUACUCAUCGACCUGAGCAUUCCCAAGCCCAUGACUCGUAGCAUUGGAAAGAGGGCCAAGGUAAUUUCUGCGUCCUCUUCUUUUCGCUUAAAAAUCAGCUUUUUAUAGUGUUCUGUGUGAUUCCAGUAAUAAUUUGUUAGUGUUAGUCUUACCAUGGUGCCCUGCUAUUUCAUGGUUUAUGUUGAG